AGAACUGUCUGAGAGUAUUAAUAUGUUGCUUUUGGAAGCAGCUAGAAAGGAGAAAUUUAUAGAUCCACCUCUGCCUCAUUCUAAAGCUACACAUUCUCUUAGUAGGUUAGGUGGUUCUUUGGUAAUGUAUCUUCUCUUGCCGAGGCCCAAAUCCAAACUGGAUGAGGAGAUGGAGAGUGCAAGCCGAUCUCAGUGAAUUUCUGUUCAGUGGGGCACAAGGGAUUUCUUUGGAGGCAAACCCCUGCAGCCUGCAUCCAGACCUGGAACCAGAACUCGAGGUGCUUCUUUGCAGGAGAAAUGGAUCCCUCUCUGAAGAUAUUGCUUUCUCUGCUCAGUGUACCUCACACUUUAUUCAGCACAGCAAGAGCAGACAAGCAAAAUUCAUCGUUGGAGGUUCGGUAUUUAUCAUUUUUUUAUAUAAACGAAAUGAUUGAAAUUGAAUCAGGCAAUUCCAGUUCAAACAUAACACAACUUAACCACUCUGAAGACAUUGAAAGAUACUUGACUAGUUUAUGGCUGACCUGUUUCGUUCCUUUCGUUCACACCUUUGUGGUUGUACUGAGUCUCCCUCUAAACAUUAUAGCAAUUCUCAUCUUCGUGACCAAAAUACAGCUUAAGAAGCCAGCUGUGGUGUACAUGCUCAACUUGGCUUCUGCUGACGUACUCUUUGUGAGCGUAUUGCCUUUUCAGAUUGUCUACCGUUUUUCUGGACACAACUGGAUAUUUGGACCAGAAAUGUGCCGUUUUGUCACAGUUGCUUUCUACAGCAACAUGUACUGCUCCAUACUGCUGAUGAUGGUGAUAAGCGUUGAUCGUUUCCUGGCAGUGGUGUACCCGAUGCAGUCUUUGUCCUGGCGCACUGUAAGGCGAGCCUAUAUGGUUUGCUUGGCCAUAUGGAUUGCAGCCAUAGCUGGUGCGAUACCUCUGCUAAUGACUGAGCAAACAAAGAGAUUAUAUCGGUUAAACGUUACUACCUGCCAUGAUGUGUUAGAUCUCUCUGUUAUUGAGCAGUUUCGCUAUUACUGGUGUACAUUAUCUGUUUUCUUCUUUUUUAUCCCAUUCAUAAUAUCUACCACCUGUUAUGUGGGCAUUAUAAGGAAACUUUCUUCAUCCAAUGUUGCUGCAAAGGCAGGUAAGAGGAGACGUGCCGUAUUUUUAUCUGCAGCGGUCUUGUGUUCUUUUAUUCUUUGUUUUGGGCCAACCAAUGUCACAAUAAUGGUGCAUAACCUUUCAGAUUGGGAACAAUGGCAGAAUCUCUAUUUUGCCUACUUGCUGACAGUCUGCACAGGUGCGAUAAACUGUUGUAUUGAUCCCUUGAUCUAUUUUUAUGCCUCCUUGCAGUGUCAAAGGCAUGUCUACAAUCUCUUGGGCUGUAAAAAGCAUUCUGAUGUUGAAAAAGACAGCCAGACAACAAGCAGUAAUAUGGCAACUUUUUCCAGUGGUUUGAAUUCUUUGUCUCAAGCAUAA